CAAAAAAGCACGGAUGCCAUUGCCGGCCGCGGUUCUUACCUUUAGCUAGUAGCCCACCUAUUCAUCUCAGAUGCUCCUUUCCUUCCCCACAAAAACAAAAAAUAGUAUUAAUCGCGGGACUUGCACUCGGAUUUGAUCAUAUUUUGAUUUUUCAACGUCUUUUCUACCUGGGGUAUACUUAACAUGGAAGGUGUUGUGGUGAGAAGGGUCAUUCCCUCGGACAAUAGUUGCCUCUUUAAUGCCGUUGGGUAUGUCAUGGAUCAUGACAAACACAAAGCUCCGGAGUUGAGACAGGUUAUAGCUGCAACAGUGGCUAGUGAUCCGGCAAAAUAUUCUGAAGCAUUUCUUGGAAAGCCAAAUGAAGUGUAUUGUGCUUGGAUUCUUGACUCAGAGAAGUGGGGAGGUGCCAUUGAGCUUUCAAUAUUAGCUGAUUAUUAUGGACGUGAAAUUGCAGCAUAUGAUAUCCAGACCACACGAUGUGAUUUGUAUGGUCAGGAAAAGUAUUAUUCUGAAAGGGCUAUGCUGAUUUAUGAUGGGCUCCAUUAUGAUGCUUUAGCCAUGUCACCCUUUGAGGGAGCCCCAGAGGAGUUUGAUCAGACUAUUUUUGCCGUACAAGACAGGACCAUUGGUCCAGUUGAGGGCCUUGCUCUUAAUUUUUCUAAGGAGCAACAAAGGAAAAGGAGAUACACUGAUACUGCUAACUUCACUUUGCGCUGUGGAGUAUGCCAAAUUGGAGUAAUUGGACAGAAGGAGGCUGUGGAACAUGCACAAGCAACAGGCCAUGUCAACUUCCAAGAAUAUAGAUAAAGAGCAACCGUGGGAAUUAACAUGGCCGUGGUGUGGUCCCUCUCAUCUUAUCACUGAACUGUGCUUCUCUGGACUUGGAACAUUCAGCUUUGUAACUUUUGAUAUUGAAAAACCAAUACUAUUUUUAUGUUCUUCCGGAACUCUUUUAAUCUAUAAUUUCUAUAAUAAGAUUGGAUCAGGAUG